UCCUCUCGAAAAAAACAUCAUGCCAUUUCAGUUGAUUGAAUUUGUAUCUAGGCGCUAAGUUAACAAUUCAUUUUAACAUCAUGGAGAUUGCUUUUGUUAUCAUUGGCUUGUUGGCAGUCAUCCUGCUCAGGUUCUUGGUAAAACUGUUAUUUUACCCUCGCCCUCUGUCUGGCAUCCCAUACGACACGGGAUCAGCUAAGAGGAUCACCGGUGACCUUCCAAGCAUCACGGAGGCCUUCAAUGAGACCACUGAGUGGACUCGGCCUAUCGGUCGUCGAUCAUUGAAGUAUGGAUCACCAAUCCACCAGUUGUUCAUGAAUCCAUUUUCAAAACCAUUAAUCAUGGUCGAUGACCCGCGAGAAGCGGCAGACAUACUGUUGAGAAGAUCAAAGGAGUUCGAUAAGGACACGACGUUUGGAGUUUGGCAAACUUUCAUCCCACGCUCGACCAUCGCGCAGUCAACGACCCCCGAAUACAAAGCACAGCGGAAGACCUGGCAAGAUACCAUGCAUCCUGAUUUCCUGCGGAAGGUCAUGGCUAGGCAUAUAUACGCCGCAGCCGAGGACCUAACGAAGCUUUGGGAAGUGCGAUGUUCACAUUCGGUUGGCCACCCUAUCGACGUUAGCGAGGACUUCUCUUACGCGGCCCUCGACGCCAUCUGGACGGCGACUUUUGGGGAGAGGUUGGACUUAGUCGAAGCCCAGAUCCAGAUGCUCGAGACGGGGAAGAAGGUUCAGACUAAGGGCCUGGAUAUGCACAGCACCGUGCAAUACCUCAACAACCUAGCGAAUACGUGGCGAGGCUCCCUCUGGCCUGCGUUGACUCGGUGGAGGAUGCAGAGGAAUCCUGCCUAUCGCAAGUACACCGAGACUAAGGACCGUGAAAUCGACCGUAUUCUCCUCGACGCUUCCGCUCGUUUCCAAAAGGUCUUGGAUGGCUCUAAUGACGGAUCGGAGCAUGAUACAUGUGCUAUGGACCUUGUUCUCAGACGCAGCAUGAUUAGCGCCCAGAAAGCUGGCAAACCUAUUCCGGAUCCCACUAAAGACGCGGGAAUGAGAGACGAACUUCUGCUUUUCAUAUACGCUGGUCAUGAUACCACAAGUACCACCCUUCAAUGGUUCGUAAAAUUCAUGACCAACAACCAAGCAGCGCAGACGAAGCUCCGCGCAGCCCUGAAAGCCGCCUUUCCCGGCGACGGGCUCCCCGACGUCGCAGACCUGCUCACCAAGGACGUGCCGUACCUAAACGCCACGAUAGAAGAAACGCUCCGCUGCGCCGUCACCGCAGGCCGCGUGAUCCGGAUGUCGACCACCGACACCGAGAUCCUCGGCCACAAGAUCCCCGCCGGCACCUCGGUCGCGGCCCUCACGUCGGUCGGGUGGCGUCCCGUUCCCGUGCCCGAGGAGAAGCGGAGCCCGACGAGCCGCGCUGCGUUCGAGAAGAGCGGCAACGUGGACUGGACGCUCAAGCCGAGUGCGCAGGAUCUUGAGAGUUUCGCGCCUGAGCGAUGGUUUAAGGUCGAUGAGGAUGGGAAUGAGGUCUUUGAUCCUGCUGCGCUGCCGCAGAAUGCUUUUGGGGGCGGGGCUAGGGGUUGUUUUGGACGACGUUUAGCUAUGAUAGAACUGCGCAUCAUGAUCGUACUGACUGUUAUGAAGUUCAAAUUCCUUCCAGUAACCCCUGAGUUCAAUAGCUUCCAGGUUCAUGAGCAAUUGCUCCGGGCUCCUCGGCAGUGUUUUGUGAAGCUCGAGGCUGUUUGAUGUUCUGGGGUUAAUUAGAAGCUAUGUUGAUCUUCUUCUGAGAAUAGAAAUAGGGGCGGUUGGUGGAGGCAAUAAACCAUGAGUUCUGUUAACCGAGUGAGCUAUCUACCUUCUACC